AUGAAUCACAGCAAUUGGGUUGAUUGGUGGUUACAGACCGACUAUGGAUCUACCAACACGAUGAUUCCAUGGGACUCCCAGCAUGGUGCUGCUUCGGAGACCUGGAAACAGUAUGAACAAGUGGCGCAUGUAGUUUCUGGGAGCCCGAAGGUGAUGUGCAAGCGUUGCGGUCUUAUCCUUGAGCAUCCUUAUGGCACUAAGAAACAAACUAGCAACGGUAAGAGUACUGAAAAGGUCAACCGUCAUGGUACAACGACUAUCACUCGUCAUCUGGAAACUGCAGCUUGUAAAAAAGCUACAGGGGGUCAUACCGAAGCGGAAGCAUCUUUCUCGCAAGAAGACUGGAACGAUCAACUCCUACAAUUCAUUACCAUCAAUCGACUCCCAUUCCGACUUGUCGAAAACCCAUCCUUUCGUCUCUUGAUUUCGCAAUCACAGCUAUCUCUUCGUGUCAAAGAGCGGCAAAAGAAUAUACUUAGGUUGCUACCGGAGCAUGCAAGGAUCUCAAUUGCAUUGGAUUGUUGGACAUCUCCAUUUGGGCAAGCAUUUAUAGCCAUUACUGGCUAUUUUAUCGAUGCUGACUGGGUCUACCGCGAGGUGCUACUCGGUUUCAAACCCCUUCAUGGAACACAUUCCGGUGUGAACCUAAGUACAACUGUCAUGCAGACGGUUACUCAGCAUGAAAUUGAGGACCGGAUAUUUGGAUUGACCACUGAUAAUGCGUCGAAUAAUAAGACUCUGGUUGAUACACUACAGCAAUCUUUGCUACAACAAUCUUUAUCUAAUGCACGGGAUAUCAACAUCAUCCGCAUCCCCUGUCUUGCGCAUGUGAUCCAAUUGAGUUUGAACCAGCUACUUGACCGUCUCAACGCAGUCCCUCAGAAUGAGACUACAGAGACCAAAUGGACUGAGCAACAAGUUACUCUCGCAAGGGCGAAUACAAAAAAACGGGAUAUCUCGCAUACUUUGAAAAGAAUACGAGCACUUGCUGUAUACAUCCGCGCUAGUCCUCAGCGCCGAGAUUCAUUUAUCGCACUUCAACCUUCAGGGCAAGGGAUUAUGCUUCUCCAAGAUGUGAAGACUCGGUGGAAUUCAACAUAUCUUAUGCUCCGGCGAGCCAAGAGACUCCGUAUCUUUAUCAUACAAUUCUGUGAUCAGUUCAAUGAGCAAGACUUCGCACUAGAUGAUGAUCAAUGGCGUCAGAUUGACUAUCUUCUUUGUCUUACAAAGCCAUUCUUUGAUUACACACUUGCUCUCUCAAAGACACGAGAUGUAACAUCACAUCUUGUCUUUGAGAUCUAUAAUUUGCUUUUUGAGCAUAUUGAACGAUCAAAAAGACAAUUGAAACGAAAGCGGGUUGUAUGGAAGCAGCAGAUGCUUGCUUCACUCGAUGCUAGCUGGUCAAAAUUACGCGACUACUACAAGGAGACUGAUAAAAUGCGAGGGCAUAUCUAUGCAGUUUGUACAAUGCUGUCGCCGGAUAAUAGAUUCCAAUUCUUUCUUUCUGAUGACUGGUCCGACGCUAAAGAGCUACGGGAUCAGUAUCGAGUAGCAUUCCAGGAUGCACUUACUCCGAUCCAGGAACGUCUUGCUAGUGCUAAGGGCCCGCAAGAGUCUUCUACAUCGACACCAAGAUCAGUUCUUCACAAUCUUGUUCGAAGCCAGAAAUCUAUCCCCAAGUCAAAUCCGGUUGUUGAUGAAAUAACGCAGUAUCUUGAUGGCAAUGUAACUGAUUCGGAGCCGCUCUCAUUCUGGAAAGAGAAUGAAUCUCGUUUCCCAGCUAUCGCUUCACUUGCGCGGGAUUAUCUUGCAAUCCCAGCAACAGGCGCUGGUGUGGAACGUCUGUUUAAUACUGCACGCGAUAUCUGCCAUUAUCGCCGCGGCUCUUUGAAAUCGGGCACCAUCGAAGAGCUAAUGCUAUACCUCUGUACAUCCAAGUUUGACCUUGAUGUACAGGAAGCGGAGGAAUUGAAGCAGUUCUUUACCUCUAAUGAGAUCGACGCAUUGAUGGAAGAGAAGGAUGAGACGCCGGAUGAUGUUGAGAUUGAUGAGAUUAGUGAUACUGAAGAACAGGGUGAUCUAUCUGGGGAUUUGAUAGAUAUUGAUAACUACAGUCUUGACGGAGAUGAUGAUGAUGCUGCUGCACCACAAUUACCGAGUACUCAUACUCAGCAGCGUACAUCAGGGAGGAAGAGGAUGCGAGUUGAGGAUGAUAUGUAUGAGCAUUAUUAA